UGGCAAUGAACCAUUGUGGAAAAGACGGAGAUUGGAUAAAAGUUGAGUAGAAAGGAAGCGUGUGCAGGUUUUGCAGAGUAUUGAGGGAAUGUUACUGCUAUUCAUUGCGCAAUUGUUAGUAUUUCGGAAAGAGAGUUAGCAGUAUUAAAGUACCGUUUUGUACCUCUGUCAGAUCUGUUCAUGGCCAAGAGAUUUUCUCCCUUGUCUCAAAUGACUUUGAAGACGGAGCAACAGAUUGCGAUGGCCAUACCACGGAACCUGAGUUACAUAUCUGGCCUGUACUGCAGUGUACGACUAGCCGAGGACUUUUGUGGUGCUCCGAAAGGAGGUAUGACACAACAACCAGGCAACGACCAUAUUCAAAAAGGUUCUCAAUCCGCAAGAAGAGGCAGGAGCUGUGAUCCUGAGUUGAAACCUAUAAUGCAGCUUCGCCGUGCCAGAUCUUUGCCUAGCUCCCCAGAGCGAAGAAAUACUAUUAAGCGCCGUCCUUCAUGCCACCGGGUCAAGUUCGCCGACUCUUUGGGACUCGAACUGGUGGAGGUAAAGGUGUUCGAUCAGAAAGUCGAGCCAUCAGUUCCCCUUCAUGUUCUUUCUCGACUCUCCAUUAAUUCCAGUUUAUGUUGCAGCGAUCAUGAUUUGGAUGCUUCUAUUCAGUAUUUAGAGCCACAAUUUGUACAGCCUGCGGAGUGCAGCGAUUUUUGGGACAGGGUACGGCAGCAGCUUGUGUCCCUGGAACGAGUUACACUGUCUGAUCUUGGCAUCUUGGGCACUGUCCGUGUUCUUAACUUGGCAUUUGAGAAAAAAAUAACUGUGCGCUACUCUUUCACUGAGUGGAAAAAUCAUUAUGAUGUUCAGGCAGAAUGGCAGGCAAGUGGGGAUGAGCUGAACCCAGAAUUCGACAAGUUUUCCUUUCAAAUUUUAAUUCCAUCAUUUGUUUUGCAGCUUUUUUCUGCUAUUCAGUUUGCAGUUCGAUAUCGGGUACUCGGGACAGAAUACUGGGAUAACAACAGUGGCGAUAACUAUAAACUGCUAUGCAAGAAUCACCAACUUCAUGUGCCAAGGGAAUGCCAGGAAAGUUGGAUACAUUUCAUCUGAUAUUCUUUUGACUGGGGAAGGAGACUGCCUUGUUACUGGGACAUAAUUGCAUCUUUGUGAGUCAAACAACUGGUGCAGAAGAACGCCUCCGAUAAUGAGGUGUUAAAAACCUUAGAAUGUAUUAAAAAGUGCAAAGACUGCUGAAUUGCGAUUUUUUUUUUUUUUUUUUGGGGUGUGGGGGGCAGAAUGACUGUUCACGUUCGCUGAUUAAAUGUGUUUUUUUGGUUCUCAUUUCCAGUGCCAUUUGUCUUAGCUUUCCCGAAUAGCAUAAGUGGUCUUAUGUUAAGAAUAUAUGUAUUGCCCAUGUAGCUUUUUUAUUUAAUGUUGAUUAGGCGUUCCUGUUUCAGUAAUGGAACCUCUGAACUCGGUAUAAGUGAUGAUCAUUUAAAGCAGUGGCAGCGGUUUCUGGAAAUAAUUGGUCAACGACGACAUUACAGCUGUGUCUGCAUUUAUUCUCGGCACCAUUUACUUGAUACUGUUUUGUCUUUUUCACAAUUGUUUACUCCUUGGAUAGUUUACAGAAUUCAGCAUAUGUAGUUAUGUCUCACAGUUUGCACAGUGCUAAGAAGUUUAUUUUCAUUUGGGUAUGAACCCGUAGUAUACGGCUGGUUAUUUAUUAUUUAAAAAUUUGAAGAUUAAAACAUUUAUUCUGUAUUAUAAAUAACGUUACUAGCACACGUAUAAGAAAGAAAAUACUUUUUGCAGCUAAACUGUUUUGCUCUUGACCGAUAUAUUUGCUCUGUAAUAUUUUAGGGCCUUUUGAAGGCUAGCUUUUCUUAAUACACUAAACGGAUGUAAUCUAGUUAUCUGAAAAGCUGCAUGCUGCUAAAGUGAUCCUCUAUUGCAAGUACAUGUGCUAUGCAGAUCUCCGCAUCUAUGCUAAUUUUUAGUUGAGCCAGUUGAGGUAUGGCUUGAUUGCUCUCUGUUUUAUGACAAAAGCUAUUUUUAUAUAGGUGUUAAGAAAAAAGUUUUAAGACAUUUUUUGAAAGAAAUUUUUUAUGCAUUUUUUCAUAGUGAUUUUAGUAAUGGAAACACAUGUUGUGUGUGUGUGUGUUGAAUAAAUUAGAUGGAUGUAAUGUGUGUUGAAUAAAUUAGAUGGAUGUAAUCUAGUUGUCUGAAAAGCUGCAUGCUGCUCCGCGGUUUACUCUCUCUAUCAUUUGAUGCUAAAAAGUGUCAGGUGCCUGACAAAGGCUGCUUUAUAUACAUGUUAAGAAAAAAAUAUAGUUUUAAGGUAUUUUUUAAAUAACUUUUUUAUGCAUUUUUCAUUGUGUUUUAGUAAUGGAAAUGCGUGUUAACUACUGUGUGCGUGUGUGUGUUUUGCAGAUAACCAAGGGCUGCGUGGGGGGAGGGGGAAGCUGAAGCUUCCUAUGUGUGGUUGUUAGCCAUUCCAUUUUGUUUUUUUUGUCCCUUGUGCACUGCCUUAUAAUGAGCAUGGACUCCUUUAUGGUCUUAUCAGGUGUCCAUCGUUUAAAUACACUGUUCACUUGCCGAAUGAUUAGCCGUAUGACAUUUUCACGUUCUUCCUCAUGUUACAUGCAGUCUUCAUUAGACUUUAUUUCAACCUCAUUCUUUGGGCUCUUGUGCCAUACAAACAUACUACACUUCACUACCACAAUUUCAGCUGUGUUGUCCAUGUGCACCAUAUCUUCCACAUAACAAUUUGGUGUAUACCCUACUGUGUUGUGUAGAGGUAUAUUGUUCCUAUUUUUGUUUUAGAUAUGUGCCAUACAAUUCUUCUGUAGUUCCACCUUGUAGUUCACUCUUUCUCUCUAUGCCAGCUUCUAGUGCAGUUUUCAUUUUGCAAUAUGUUUGCUGUAAUUCUAAGCAUAUUGCUCCCUGUGUUUAUGUGUUUGUGAUGUACUUUCAUAGUGCAGUUUCCUCUUUGUUGUAGCUAUCUGUACCAUACUUUCUUUGUGCAAUUUCUGAGUUGUAUGUUUGCCAUAUUUUCCUCCAUAUGUUGUGUAUGUAUGGCAUACAGUGUAGUUUCUCCUCUGUUGCAAGUAGAUAUGCCAUACUUGCCAAAUAGCCAUAGUACAGAGAAUCUCCACUGUUGCAAGUAGAUGUUCUAUGCUUGCCAAAUAGCCAUAGUGCAGAGAAUCUCCACUUCUAUGCUAAUUUUAGUUAAGCCAUUUUUUUAUCAUUGAAAUGGUUGUUGAGGUAUGGCUUGAGUUCUUUUUUUUUUUUUUUUUCCUAGCAACACAAAAUCUUAAGCAUUGCACUGUUUUCAUUCUUAUAGGUAGUACGAGGUAAAAUGUGCAAUACUGAUCACUUGCACUAUAACUGGACUUUUUGCUGUUGUGUACUGUAUUGUACGUUUACUGUUUCUGAUGUUUAAUAUUGAUCUUCAUUUCCUAUGUAAAUUAUUUACUUCAUUCUUAUAGGUAGUACGAGGUAAAAUGUACAAUACUGAUCACUUGCACUAUAACUGGACUUUUUGCUGUUGUGUACUGUAUUGCACAUUUACUGUUUCUGAUGUUUAAUAUUGAUCUUCAUUUCCUAUGUAAAUUAUUUACUUUUCUUGUCGUGCUUGUUUGUGUGUAUAGUUACAAUGUUUUUUUAAGACCAACAUUUGACCAUAAGAGCUGACCAUAAUAUGUUAACUUUUUAAAUUAAAUUUCCAAAGGCUAAACUUACCUGGCUUACAGAGGCUCCUUGCAUAUAGUUUUCAUAGAACCAGCCAAAGCCUUCCAGUUUAGCACAUUCACUACUUUAUUUCCUUAACCAUUAAAACAUGCUAUCUAAGUUGCCAGUAUGGAUAUGUGGUAGUAUUUAUUUAUUUGUCAUUUGCAACCUAGACCACGUGGUAAAAAACACAUUUGCUGACAGUAAGUUUUAAUGCAGAACUGAGCAAAUGAUAUAUGUAGUAGUUUGAAUACGUUUGUAUGUUUGUUAAACAUUUUGAAACAUGUUAAAAGAAAUGUUACUGACAAAAGUACAUUUCAAGUUGCUACUGUGCAUUCCCAACCUUCUGACAUCUCACCACUGUGUAGAAUGGGAAACCAAGCUCCUUGCUGUGGGUGAUGCACCUCUUCUACUGCAGGUGCCACCAGUGUAGCAAGCCAGGCUGCCUCCCUAUCCCCAGAAUGGGCAUGUCAGUGGUAGCCACUCACUUCCAUCCUUUUGCACCAUGGUUUUGUGGCUAAUUUUUAGUUUCUUCAGACUAGGUAACUAAUUCUUUCAGGUUACUUGAGUGCUUGAACAGAUUUGACAUGCUUUUCUUUUGUCACUAACAGUUACUUCAGUGUUUUGCAUUUUUAGUAGCCCCAGAAAUAAUGGGCUUCUGCAAAACCUUUCUUUUGGGCCAUUUCAAAUUUGUGUGGAAAAUGUUAGUAGACUUUGUCUAGGAGACAUACAGUUGAGUCCUUAGAGUUGUGGGCCAGCUCCCAGGGUUUUCUCUCUUUCCAUCUCUAGUCCAGGAGUGGAAUGUAGUGGUGUGGCAUGCUAUUUUCUUAGCAAUACAUCUGUUUUUCUUUCUCACAUGUCUAGUUAAGUGCGUAUAGAUUUCAGUAAACAAUAUUUCUAACCCUGUUUCCUGGCACCUCAGUUACCUCCUUGCCCCUGUUAGUAGCUAUGUCUGCUGUUUCCAGUGGCAGGUUGUGGUUAGUAUGCCUCCACCUCUUUCACCUUUUCCCUACUGAUAGUAUAAUUUGCCCACAAGUUUGAAGCCCUAGUGGGCAAGUUUACGGUAGCUGUAGGAAGUGCUCUCAGAUGAGUAUUUGUUAUUGUUGUUAUAAAUAGUUGGAAUUCUUUUUUUUUUUUUUCUGUGAAUUAGCUGCUUGUAGAACUGAGUUCUGUUUUCAGUAGUAUCAUGGUGGGGUAUUUGCAUAGCCAAUGUCCAUGUAUGUGUUCAUCUGCAACCUUGUAUACAGUUGGCAUUUGAGUUAUUGUUAUGCCACAAUUUUUUAUUAAUUAUUCAAUAAGGAGCAGCUUCUUUACAUCUCAUUGGAUGUGUAAAGAGCAUUGAGUGUAUAUUUUUGAUUACAUUAGAGCUCUUUCUACAUGGCGGCUAAUGGUGUGUUUGCUUGACUGGUGUGUCUUGUUGUAUUGCUGAGAUCAAUAUGGGCUUCUGUUUCACCUAUUCUCUCUUGGCUUCAUUUCUAAAACCAUUUGAUGUCUGUGACAGUCCAUUUCUUUUUCUCUGAAGUCUUACGCCAUUACUGUGUGGAACAUGACCAUGGGUUUAAAAAUGUUGGUAAUGUGAAGUGUGAUUGAUCAUCGCUCAGAACUGCUGAAAGCAGUUGAUGAGUUCACAAACUUAAAUUGAAGGUUACUUUUAUGAGCUGUCAGUGUUUUACUGUACACAUUAUUUGUGAAUGUGUUUAUUUCAUUUGUGAAGCAAGUCUUAAUAACAGUUUUUUUGAUAUGUAGUUUGCAGUAUGUCUAAAUAUGACAUGGUGUAGACCCAUUGUAAAUUGUGAUGCCUGUUUUGCAGGGGGGAAAGGGCUGUAUUGUGUGAAAAACUGAAAAAGUUUUAGAGCACAGUAAAAAAUCUUUGCUGCCGCACAUUAUGCUUGAAUGAUCUUAAUUUAGCUUAGUACUAGCCUGUACACCUAACUGCCCUUCCAAGCCAUUUUAAAACUGCCCUUCCAAGCCAUUUUAAAACUGCCCUUCCAAGCCAUUUUAAAACUGCCCUUCCAAGCCAUUUUAAGCUUGCAAGGUAUUUAAAAUUUAACCUCUUUCCAAGAUUAAUAUUUGUAUAUUAACCCAGUGAUAAUUACUAGAUCAAAACAUAGAGAUUUGGGGGGGGGGGACAUUGCAUUGGGCUAAAGCAAUUAGAAGCUGCCUUGCUCCUUUCUGCAUGAGUGGAACAUGACAGAGUCAUGUGAUUAUUUCCCACCCAUUGAUCCAAGUUGCACUUGAAUGUGGUCAGGGAUAGUUGUAUUUUGUGUAUGGGGAGUCUGUUCCAAAGUAGUGCUAUCCUCUACAAGGUAUAUUGUCCCUCCAAAUUGUUCUGUUAAAAGUCGCAGAAGAGUUUAGGUCCCUGGAUCAAGUAUUUCUGAUACCAUUAGCCUUGCACAUGUGAAGCAUGAUCGUCAGUAUAGGGUUGUAGGAUGCCUUGUUUGCUAGACACUGGUCACUUUUUAGCAGUCUGCAAAAGACCAAAUAUAGCAAUAGGGCUUUGAGAUUCUCUGUGUAGGACAUAUUGUUUAGUCUUUACUUUUUAUAUCCAUUUUUGUAAGGUAUCUGUGCAAACCUUUCCAGCUGUUGCAUGUGUUUGGACAGAUGCAUGCCAAAAGGGUGGCAACUACAUCUUCAGGUCUAGAAAUAAUCCCUUGUUUAUGAGCUGCCAAGCACUUCAUGGCCAUGUCUGUAUUUUUUCUGUUACAUAUUUUGUACAUAAUGGAUUUAUUCAAAUCAGAUUGAUCACUGGGUACAUUGAAUCCCACUGACAUUGUUGAGAUUUAUUUCACCAACACAACAGACUUCUUAGAUAAGCAUACUAGUAAAUCAUUAAUUGUUGUUAUUACUUCUAAAGCUUUAAAAUACAUAUUUUUAAUAUUCGGUUUACCCCUCCUAGGUAACCACUGUUUUGUCUUGUGUUUGAAAUUACUACUGGCAUUUUUUGUUAGUCUUUGCAAAGCACUGGGACCUAAUUAAAAAAAAUGCUUUGCUCGUGUUAUAUUGUUCAUCUUUGUUGCACUAAAUACUGUGGCUAAAGAAGUGUUUGCAUUUUCCAAACUAAUAAAAUUGGUUGACAAGCUGUAA